AUGAAACCCAUCAAGGAAAUCCACCAGAACCAGAACCAAAACCAACAUCCUCAAAAAUCAGAACCAUCACCUUCAUGGCUAGCUGUUAGAGGUCUUCUCACCUGCAAGGACCUGCAAAAACAGCAGCAACAGGAGCAAGCUUUGGAGGAAACCAGCAAAAAAUGCAAGAAAAUGAAGUGUUCAGGCUCUCUAUGCAGCAACACUAAGGUCAUGCAUAGGCCUGAAACAGCCUCCCCUGAAGUCCAAAGAAAAAGGGCUGCAGUGAGAUUAACUAGCAACAAUAACACCUCAUGCAGAUCCAUGAAGGCUCCUUUAAAUGAAAUUAAUGGGGUUCCUUCCUCUACUACUUCUUCAUUGUCUGUAUCUUCUAAUUCCUCCAUUAACGGUGCAUCUGGGUCCUUUAAAGGAAUGCCAUUCAGGAGAUUAUCUGGCUGCUAUGAGUGUAGAAUGGUGGUGGAUCCUGUUAUUGGAUUCACCAGAGACCCCUCUUUGAGAAGUAGCAUUUGUUCUUGCCCUGAAUGUGGAGAGAUCUUCGUGAAACCUGAAAAUCUGGAGCAUCAUCAGGCUGUUAGACAUGCAGUAUCAGAAUUGGGUCCAGAAGACACAAGCAAAAACAUAGUGGAAAUCAUAUUCCAGUCAAGCUGGCUGAAGAAGGAAUCCCCCAUUUGCCAAAUAGACAGGAUCCUCAAAGUCCACAACACUCAAAGAACCAUCUCCAGAUUUGAAGAAUACAGAGACUCCAUCAAAGCCAAAGCCACCAAGCUCCCAAAGAAACACCCACGUUGCAUAGCAGAUGGAAAUGAGCUUCUCAGGUUUUACUGCACCAGCUUUGCCUGUUCACUAGGCCUAAAUGGUUCAUCCAAUCUCUGCAAUUCAAUUCCACACUGUAAUGUAUGCAGCAUCAUCAAGAACGGGUUUAAAGAAUCCACUGCUGCGGGAGGCAAAGGAAAUGGGAUUCUGACUACAGCAACAAGUGGUAAAGCGCAUGACAAAGCUAAAAUAUUAGAGGAGAGCAAUGGCAAGAGUGAUAAGAGAGCAAUGCUGGUCUGCAGAGUGGUAGCAGGAAGAGUUAAGAAGAAUAUGGAGAGUAACAUGGAGGAAUAUGAUUCUGUAGCUGGAGCUGUGGGGUUCUACUCCAAUUUGAAUGAGUUGUAUGUGUUCAAUGCGAGGGCAAUUUUGCCUUGUUUUGUUGUUAUCUAUGGAGGAUUUUAGUAUGCCCUAUUUAUUAAGGUUUGUUUGGUUGGAAUUAACUUAAUUAGGAAAUUUAAAGUUUUAAUAUAUUUAUUUAGUUGGUAAUUUUUCUUUUAUUUCUUUGUGACGAAGAGAAUUUUUACAGGUCUAAAUGUAUUUCGUGGCUAUAAAUGUACUUCGUGACUAUAAGAGGAAGGGUAAUGUUAAGCCACCUAUUUUGUUU